AUGGGAGUGGACAUCGAGAGGCACCACGUCAAGAAGGGUCACCGCCAGGCCCCCAAGAGCGAGGACCCAUACCUGCUCCUGCUCGUGAAGCUCUACCGCUUCCUCGCGCGCCGCACUGACUCGCGCUUCAACAAGGUGGUCCUGCGCCGCCUGUUUAUGUCCAAGAUCAACCGUCCACCUGUGUCGGUCUCGCGCGUGAUCUACCUCUCGCGCAACCAGGGCGGUGUCGCCAAGGAGGCAUCGCAGACCCCCAAGACGGUGGUGGUCGUCGGCACGAUCACGGACGACAACCGUGUGCUUGAGCUGCCCAAGCUCAGCAUUGCCGCCCUGCGCUUCACUAACACGGCUCGCGCGCGCAUCGAGGCCGCUGGUGGCGAGUGCCUUACGCUCGACCAGCUCGCCAUGCGCGCUCCUACGGGCAGCAACACGAUUCUUCUGCGCGGCCCCAAGAACGCCCGCGAGGCUGUCAGGCACUUUGGUAUGGGUCCCCACCAGCACAAGAAGCCGUACGUGCGCUCCAAGGGUCCCAAGUUCGAGAAGGCCCGUGGUCGCAGAAAGUCGCGUGCCUUCCACGUCUAA